CCACCUGAGCCAGCAGCAUCAUGGGAGGUUCCACCUCCUCCCUUGUUGAGGAGGCCGAGGAUGACGCUGGACCCCGGGGUGCAGCUUUGCCCCCCUCGCCCAUCAUGGGGUGUCUGAGGAGCAGCCAAAGCAUCUCCAUCCCCCGGCAGCUUCACCGACCCAGCAGGCACCGAGAGCGCAGUUUCUCUUCCGGCUCGAUGCCCAUGCAGAGGAGCCAGUGGGCGUGUGGCUGCUGUACUUUCCUCAACGCAGCCGGGGCCCCCCCGCUGCUCCAUCUGUGAAGCCCCACGGCGAAGAUCCGACACCCGGUGGUUGUGGCCCGGGACCAGCAGGGAGCAAGGUCGUUGGUCCUGCCCGCGCUGUACGCUGGCCAACACGGCUGACAGCCUGGCCUGCUCUCUGUGUGGCUACAAGGGAGCGCUGGACGGACCCCGGGGGUCAUCUGAAGACUUGCCCCGGCCCCAGCGCUCCAGUAGCUGCUCCGGCCCUCUGAGGCCAUCAUCGGCUGAGCCGUGCAGGCAGCAAAAUAAAAAGCAGCCUGAAGAUGCAGAUAAAAGCAGCCUGGUGUGGGAAUGUUUGAGGUGCACUCUGCAGAACACUCCUACCUCCAUGUCCUGCUCUGCUUGUGGCGGACCACGCAAACUGUCCCUCCCCCAAAUCCCCGUCGACGCCUUGCUCGUGCCUGAAGUCUGCGAUCAAACCGGAGUACAACAACCAGAACCUGCAGCACGGGCGCUAUCCCUGUCCAUCUCAACCCGAGGAGAGUGUUUACCAGUGGAAGCUUCAUAUCCGCACACAAGCUCCUCAGGGCUCAGUGACGCGUCUUCAGGUCAUAAUAAUCCUCUUCCCUGCAGUCGCAGAGAGGUGCCGCCUCCAGAAGGUGGCCUCAGUCCUUCUCCGUCAACGCUCGCCAUUUCACAUCUCUCUGCCCAGCCAGAGCUCCUACCCAGCCGACGGCUCAGCAUCCUGAAGGAGGAAAUGUCCCCGCUGUCGCCCGCACCAGACGCCUCCGCAUCGUUUCCGCCAUGUGUCGUCCCCGUCAACAGGACAGAGGAGUGGUCAUGCCUGGCUUGCACUCUCAUCAACAAGGUCAAAGCCAAACACUGCCUGGCCUGCCACACCCCUCAGCAGCAGGUCGCGCCGCUUAAACUAGCCAACCAGAGGAGGAAGGAGAGCAUGCUGGUGGAGGAGCUGCGACAGAGUGAUGAAGGAGAGGCCAAAGAGCUGUGGGAGAACAUCGUCAGCUUCUGCAGAGAGAACAAAGAGACGUUUGUGGACGACAGCUUCCCUCCUGGUCCGAAGUCCGUAGGCUUCCCCGUGGACGACAGCGUCCAACAUCGCGUCAAGAAGUGGCUUCGUCCUCAAGAAAUCAACUGCUGCAACUUCAGAGAACGCACGGUGAAGUGGUCUGUCUUCCGCACGCUUCGCCCAUCUGACAUCCUGCAGGGACUUCUGGGUAACUGCUGGUUCCUGAGUGCCUUGGCUGUUCUGGCUGAACGACCCGAGCUGGUGGAGAAAGUGAUGGUGACUCGCUCGCUGUGUGCAGAAGGAGCCUAUCAGGUGCGUCUAUGCAAAGACGGCUCGUGGACCACAGUGCUGGUGGACGACAUGCUGCCGUGUGACGAGAACGGCCACCUCCUCUUCUCUCAGAACUGA